AUGCUGAUAAAGAUUCUCUCACAAAGGCUCACCUUGAUGGAUGUCGACUCACGUGUCAUUGCUUGCGUUUUCUACAUGACUACACUAGCGUCCCCAGAGGCUUCAGUCUUCGAGAAUGAAGUCAAUAAACUACUGGACAUGAUCAAAAUCCAUCCCUUCUUUGGCGCAUUCUUCCUUAAAGACUCACUUGUCAAUCAGUCUGAGAAGAUCAAGCCUCUUUUGCUAGCAUCCCCUGAACCAUCAUUGAUCUAUCGCUUCGGUCUCGAAAGCAGGGAUGUCACUUUUGUCCGGGUGAAAUCAGCCAAUUCCCGCAGCAGUGAGCUAGUCUUUGCAUUAGAGCACUUGUGGAAAAUACCUGGAGGAUAUGUCAUCGUUCGAGACCUCAUUUACUUCACUCAUAUUCCGACGCUCAAAAAUAUUCAAUUGCAAGGAAUUCCAGCGGUUCAACGUCUGAUUAUAUUACUCGAUAAUUAUGAACAAAAUCCGAGAUUUGAACCUUUGAAGUGUUCUUUGGUUAUGCGAGGAGGCCUUGUGUUGAUGGUGCAAACAUACAAUAAGAGCGUGGUCCUAUUCAGUGACGGUGGCGCAAGGCUUAAGCAUCUCCCAGUCAAAAGUGUCCAAACUCUCUUAAACUCGAAGAAAUCAUUCAGGUCAGUUGAAGUUAUCUGUCACCAAAAAGGCACCUUAAACACCGCAGUCGACAACCACGAGAAGCGCAUGUCCGCCCGUCGUGAAUAUCUUGUCGAGACACGAGGUAACAAGUUGGCAGGUGUUGAGCAGACUUUGCUAGCCAGAGAAGCUGCUGUCAAAGCUACUGAAACUGCACUCAAUCUUCGAGAAUCUGCUGCGAAAGCAUCAGAAGAUGCAGUCAGCCAGCGCGAAAAUUCUGUAAGAUCCGAAAAGGCUACUAUCAAGCAUGAUAAAGAAGCUCUCAAACUCUACGAAUUAAACUUGCGUUAUACCGAGGAACGUCUGCAGGAAAAGGAUGAAAAGCUUAACUAG